AUGGGGGUGGACAAUAAGCCGUCCCACUGCAUCAACGCCGAUCCGGACGUCGUGGCCGCUGGCACUGCCGACGGCUGGGACAUCAGGCUCAUCAACCAGCCAUCCAACAUUCCACACACCAACAUCCUGGACCUGGGAUUCUUCAACGCAAUUCAAUCUCUCCAAGACCGCACUACUCCGAGGACGGUUGACGAGUUCAUCAUCGAGGUGAAGAGGGCCUUCGAGGAACAGAGCCCUUCUACCCUUGACAAGGUCUGGGAAUCCCUCCAGGCAAUUCUGCAGGAGAUCAUUCUCGCGAAAGGCGACAACACCAUCAAACUCCCGCAUCUGAAGAAGGACAAGGCGGCGAACUCGGGGAGAUCCAUUCCGAAGGAGUUGCCGCUGAGCGCCGAGGCAUCGACGGUGGUUCGGGCUGCACGUGCGGCGACUGCGGGCGGGGUUCAGCUUGAGAAGGGACAGAGGGGGGGGGGUGACGUUGCCGUUGACCUACUGCGGGACCAGGAAGCGUAG